AUGGAUUCAUGCUGGAUUCGAGAGUGGACCAAUCGGAAAGCAUCAAGGCGCCAUGUUAGCAUAAAACACGUUAUUGGUGUAUAUUAGGCAGUUAAUAAAAUGAAUUAACACGGAACGCCACCGGUGAGCCACAUUUCUGAAUCGGUUUCUUCUAACGGAUUUCUGAAAAGUCAAGGUACCCUUGAAAACGUAAUACCCCCCCCCCCCCCCCCGGUAAAAUAUCACGGGGAUCAAUUAUCACUAGUACACUAGAAAGGAUAUUCAAAUAGGUUUUUAUAUACAUUUCGAACCGGAUCUAUGUUUUAUAAGAUGUUCGGAUCGGACUGAACCGUGACAAAUAGACUAACAGUAUUAAUUUUUGUCGAUUUCAGGAAGAGCAAAAUAUCAGAAACAAUGGCGACGGUGGAGGCGGUAGCGGCAACAAGCGCAAAAUGCCGCCUCACCCGAUACGGAUCGCCAAGACCAUCGACGUCAUCGCUCGGAUCACGUUUCCCACGGCGUACGCGGUGUUUCUGAUAUUCUUUUUCAUCCAUUACACCAGUCAUCCAAGCCACUGGACCCAAUAA